AAGUUACAAAGGUUUAAAACGCUGCGUAGUUUGCAUCAGACAGGGAAAAGCUUAUGAUCCGACACUGAGCCCCAUGAAAGAGAUAUGUCGCCCUCUAAGAGCAUCAACAUGAGUGAAAAAAGCACCAUCACAUCAAACCAUCUAUCCAGAUGCCCUGAUAAUACUGCAUUUAAACAACAACGGCUCCCAGCCUGGACACCCCAGCUCACCCCAGCAUCAGUCCUCUCCAGCUUCUUUGUGGUCGGCCUCUUCUGCCUUGCUGUGGGAAUCCCACUAAUAUUGGCUGCAACGAGCAUCAAAGAAAUACAGAUUAAUUACUCUGAGGAAUGCUCCCAUUGUUCAAAGCUGCGUGAAAACUCCUCAAACUGGGCCCAAGAAUGCCAGUGUUUCACUAACUUCACACUCUGGGAAAGCAUGCAGGGCGACGUCUUUAUGUAUUAUGGGCUGCAUAACUUUUAUCAGAAUCACCGUCGCUAUGUCCAUUCUAGGAGCGAUGCACAAUUAUUGGGCCGGAAAGUAAAUAUUCAGAAGAGCAAUUGUGCACCUUUCGCAGCUUACAAUGAUGGGACACCAAUGGCUCCAUGCGGCGCAAUUGCAAACAGCAUGUUCAAUGAUACAAUACACCUUUUCUUCUACCCGAAUUCUGCAGCGGUUAUCCAAGUCCCGCUGCUGAAACAGGGGAUCACAUGGUGGACAGAUAAAAAUGUGAAAUUUCGAAAUCCGGCAUCGCAAAACCUGUCUUCUGCAUUUGCUGGAACAGCAAAACCACCUUACUGGCCAAAACCAGCGUAUUCACUAGAUGAAGAAGUUGAAGAGAACAACGGCUACAGAAAUGAAGACUUUAUCAUCUGGAUGCGCGUAGCAGCCUUUCCUACAUUCAAGAACCUUUACCGUCGCCUCAGGCGCACCAAAGAAUUUGCAGAUGGACUUCCAGCAGGGACCUAUGGCCUACAAAUAUCCUAUAAUUUCCCGGUUUCAAAGUUCAGCGGGGGGAAAAAGGUGAUCUUCUCAACAGUUGGAUGGAGCGGGGGAAGAAACCCUUUUCUGGGAAUAGCGUACACGGUUACUGGUGCUGUGAUUCUACUGGCAGGCUGCGUCAUUACAGCAGUCCACUUGAAAUUUGGGAAAAGGAAAAUAAGAUGAAA